GUCACGCGUGUAGUUUCUCGCGGUUCGCGAAUUUCGAGACCUCUACCAAUCCAUCGCCGAGCCGGUUGUAAGACGCUGCAUCCCGCAGGACGUUCCGCACGCAUGUUAUGUUGACAACGGCCAGCAUAGCUCGUCUUCGUGUUGUGACCUCCCAAGUGCUACAACAUCUACCCGCUCCAUUCCCAACGCAAUCACGAAAUCUGACGACUGCUGCAGAAAUGGCCUCUGAGGAAACGAAUCCCGGCCCAGCGCUCCGCUACCGAGUGGAGGCCAAGUGUUCCACCACAAAAGCGCGCGUCGGAUUGAUGAGUCUGAGGCACAGCGACGUCGACACGCCGGUGUUCAUGCCGGUCGGAACGCAGGGAACUCUGAAAGGGCUACUUCCGGAUCAGAUCCUUUCACUUGGGUGCCAGAUAAUGCUGGGAAACACCUACCACCUCGGUAUGCGUCCAGGGGCUGAGCUGUUAAAGAAAGUGGGUGGGUUGCACCAGUUCAUGGGUUGGCCGAAUGCGUUGCUGACCGAUUCCGGUGGGUUCCAAAUGGUUUCGCUUCUCCAGCUGGCCGAGAUAACCGAAGAGGGAGUGAAAUUUGAAUCGCCGUACGACAAAAGUGAAUGCAUGCUGACACCGGAACGCUCGAUGGAGAUUCAGAACGCGAUCGGCGCGGAUAUCAUGAUGCAGUUGGACGACGUGGUGAAAACUACGGUCACUGGGCCAAGGGUGGAAGAAGCGAUGCAUAGGACCAUUCGUUGGCUGGAUCGCAGUAUUUCCGCUCAUGCCAGGGAUGACGAGCAGAGUAUUUUCCCAAUUGUCCAAGGAGGAUUGCAACCGGAACUGCGGAAGGUUUGUACGGCGGAACUGAAUAAACGAAAUACCCGGGGAUACGCCGUGGGAGGAUUGAGUGGAGGUGAAAGCAAGGAUGACUUCUGGAAGACGGUGCAUCUAUGCACGGAUUUGUUACCGGAAAAUAAGCCACGGUAUUUGAUGGGCGUUGGAUUUGCAGCGGACUUAGUAGUUUGUGUUGCACUAGGAAUUGAUAUGUUCGAUUGCGUGUAUCCGACGAGAACUGCACGAUUUGGAUGCGCCCUGACGCGACAAGGACAGCUGAAUCUUAAGCAACAACGCUUCAAAACCGACAUGCGACCAAUCGAUGAGACUUGUGAUUGUUCGACCUGUAAAACCUAUAACAGAUCAUAUCUGCACCACAUAGUAACGGUGGAACCGGUGGCCUGCAGUAUCAUUAGCAUCCAUAAUGUAGCAUUCCAGCUUAAACUGAUGAACGAAAUGCGAGAAAAUAUCAAAGCCGACACAUUCCCAGCGUUUGUCAAAUCCUACAUGAAGGAACAAUUUCCCGAUGGUAAAGUUCCACAAUGGAUUGUGGACGCUUUGGCUGCCGUAAGCGUUCAGGUUUAAUACAAUUAAGGAUAUUCGGAUCUAUUCAACAAUCGCGCUAGUCGUCUUACAGUGAAAACGAUUACAAUAAUUUAUUCUG